CGUGUCAUCCCAACAGACUGGAUAGGAGCAGGCUGUGGCGACAAAGUGGAUACCUUUGACCAUGACAGCCGCAGGAUUGACACCUCUCUCCAGACCAACAAUUCGGGCCCACACAAGCAGCAAACGCACCGACAACCAGACAAGCACCCGUGCCGCUUCUGUCCUCACUCAAGCUCUUCCGCUGCGGAUGUCGCAAUCCACGAGAGGACUCACACUGGCGAGAGGCCCUUCAGUUGCAAUGCCUGCGAGAAAACAUUUGCGCGUAAGGAUUGCUUCACAGCUCAUGUUAGAAUUCACACCGGAGAGAAGCCGUUUAAGUGCAACACGUGCAGCAGGGCGUUUACUCAGAAAACCACCUUGACGAAUCAUGAGAGAACUCAUACUGGAGAGAAGCCGUACAAGUGUAACACGUGCAGCGGGGCGUUUAGUCAUAAAUGGAGCUUGGUGAAUCACGAAAGAAUUCAUACAGGAGAGAAGCCGUACAGGUGCAACAUGUGCUGCAAGGCGUUCACUAAGAAAACCAACUUGGUAAAUCAUGAGAGGACUCACACCGGAGAGAAGCCGUUCAAGUGCAACACGUGCAGCAAGGCGUUUACUCUGAAAGGCACUUUGGCGGAUCACGAAAGAAUUCACACUGGAGAGAAGCCGUUCAAGUGCAACACGUGUAGCAGGGCGUUUAGUCAUAAAUGCAGCUUGGCGGUUCAUGAGACGACUCACACAGGAGAGAAGCCGUUCAAGUGCGAGACCUGCAGUAGAGCGUUUACGGCUUAUAGCGAUUUACACACUCAUCGGAAGAUACAUCGCAAGUGA